AUGUCUGAACAUUCAGUAUCUCAAUCCCAGUCUCAGCAAGAAAGUCCUGCAAGCACGCACUUCGAACGCUCUCGGGAACGCACCAGCCCAAACAACCCUCUCCAACACAACGAUCCUCAUCCAACGCCGCGGGCACUCAGGACUGGACGUCACCACGACUGGUCAAUGGAUCCUAUAGACCUUGAGGAGAUUCGGGAAACCCUGGUUCGCGAAACUCGUGGCCAAUACAUCGUCUCGUCGGACCCGGUGGAAUUUAUGAACAAGUUCCUCCCAUUCAACGAAAGAAAAGAUGAGUCCUAUCAAAAGUUCAGAUCCCAGAAGGUCCCGAAAACUCGCAUCCAACACCUCAAAAACAUGGGCAACGCGAAAACCAAGAAACAAAUGUACGGUCAUUUUGGGAAGGCAACCUCUCAGUGGCCCGUCGCCUACCGUGACAAUCAUCGUAAGCUCUACGUUAACGACACACAUGAUUACCGCGACCCCGCCAGCGGCCUCGGACCUGAUUACACUAUCGACGGCGAAGAGCUUUUACCACGUCGUACGAAGUUGAAGGUCGACUUUGCCAACUUGCUCAGCUUCGUCGAGUUCAAAUUGAGUGCGCUCAUGGACGCAUUUAUUGACGUCGAUGGUAAAGAAUACGAGAAGGAGAAGACAGAUUCAGGAAACAAGGACAGGAACGAGGAAGAGGACAGCGUGCACGAGGAGGACGCAGAAGCCGAACAGAACAACUCUGACCCCGCAGGCCUUGAAGAGCCCUUCAUCGCUGAGGAUGAACGUCCCAGCGAACGCAAGCCAGAAGAUCCCUUAGAGGCCCUGAAGCAUCCCCCGACAGAGCUGGUUCCCUGUGAGAAAUACCAAGCUGAAAAUGAUACCAAUGCAGGCCGAGAUACCCGAGGCCAGAUUGCCAGUUACGCAGGAGUCGCCAUGGCCAUGCAGUUCCGCAGUCACUUGUUCAGCGUUCUCAUCUGCGGCAAGUAUGCAAGAUUCAUUCGCUGGGAUCGCUCUUGUGCGAUUGUCUCUCGGCGCUUCGAUUAUACCGUCUAUCCCGAACUCUUAUUCGAAUUCUACCUCCGCUUCGCUCAGCUCACGGAUUCCCAACGCGGACUCCUCCCCGGCUUCUCGGUACUCAGCAAGAAAGAGGGCCUGAUUGCAGUUGAGGCCCUCAAGAAGUAUGCUGACGAGACAUAUGCGGGAGCUGCUGCGGAUGAAUACAAGAAGGAGAUCGCGUAUGAUCGCCCGCUGCUCUGCAUGGAAUUUGAAGGAGAACGUUACGCGGUACCCAUGGGUCGCUUCGACGGCGGCUCGUACUCUCCGUUUGGCCGUAUGACACGGAACCGCGUGGUGGUCCUCCUCGAGCCAGAGCCCCGAGUGAUGUACUUCAAGGACUUUUGGCGCGAAGACUCCGAGUAUGCCGAACCAGAGGCUGAGGUCUAUCGCCUCAUAUCUGGGGACGAAGACCUGUCAAAAUGCCGGUACCUUGCAAAGAUGCAUGCUGGGGGAGAUGUCAGGGCGAACAAUUGCGCAAUCACCACUAUCUGUCACACUCACACGACCUUCGGGGUGGGCGGGGAGAAGCUGAAAUGGAGGCCACUGACGGCCCAUUUCAUCGUUCUUGAAACGGUCGGUCGUGAUUUGUGUUUGUUCAGAACGGCGCGCGACCUGGUUUCAUGUGUAGCCGACGCCAUGGAAGCGCACCAACUCGUAUACGACAAACUCCAUAUUCUCCAUCGUGACAUUAGCGCGGGGAAUAUACUUAUCUCUGCGCUCGAUAGCAAGGAAGCCCGCCACGGGAUUCUCAUUGACUGGGAUCACUGCAUCUUCAUGAACAGAUUGUCCAAGGAUAGGCCGACCCGGGUAAAUCGCACCGUAAGCCUCCCAUACUCUUUGCUUGAUUCGUCUGAUGAGCUACUAUAA